AUGCAGGCCAAAAAACGCUACCUGACGCUGCUCUCCGCUGGCACCUGUCUCGCCCUGCUGCUUUACUUGGGAGGCGUGCGGCUGCGGGCGGCCCGGUACUCACCGCCCGGUAGCCGGCAUGGCCCGUCCUUGCGCCCCGGCGCCGAGCGGCCCUGGCCCCGGUUCCCCGACGCCUUGCGGCCCUUCGCGCCCGCCGAGCGGCCGGGCCCCGAGGGCGGCGGCGGGCGCGUCUCCCCCCGGCAGCGGCGGGACGCCAGCGCCGGCCUCUACCGCGGGCGCCGCUGCCGCAUGGAGUCCUGCUUCGACUUCGCCCAGUGCCGGAAAAACGGCUUCAAGGUCUACGUUUACCCGCAGCAGAAGGGGGAGAAGAUUGCCGAGAGCUACCAGAACGUCCUGGCCGCUAUCGAGGGCUCCCGCUUCUACACCUCCGACCCCGGGCAGGCCUGCCUCUUCGUUCUCAGCCUGGACACGCUGGACCGGGACCAGCUCUCCCCCCAGUACGUGCACAACCUCCGCUCCAAGGUGCAGAGCCUCCACCUGUGGAACAACGGCAGAAACCACCUGAUUUUUAAUUUAUACUCCGGCACCUGGCCUGACUACACCGAGGAUGUGGGGUUCGACAUCGGCCAGGCUAUGCUGGCCAAAGCCAGCAUCAGUACUGAAAACUUCAGACCCAACUUUGACGUUUCUAUCCCGCUCUUUUCUAAGGAUCAUCCUAGGACAGGAGGGGAGAAGGGAUUUUUGAGGUUUAACACCAUCCCUCCUCUCAGGAAGUACAUGUUGGUAUUCAAGGGGAAAAGGUACCUGACGGGGAUAGGGUCAGACACCAGGAAUGCCUUAUAUCACGUCCAUAACGGAGAGGAUGUUGUUCUCCUGACCACCUGCAAGCAUGGCAAAGACUGGCAAAAGCACAAGGAUUCGCGCUGCGAUCGAGACAACGCCGAAUACGAAAAGUAUGAUUACCGUGAAAUGCUGCACAAUGCCACUUUCUGUCUGGUUCCCCGUGGCCGCAGGCUUGGCUCUUUCAGGUUUCUGGAGGCCUUGCAGGCUGCCUGUGUCCCAGUGAUGCUCAGCAAUGGAUGGGAGUUGCCGUUCUCGGAAGUGAUUGAUUGGAACCAAGCUGCCGUCAUAGGCGAUGAGAGAUUGUUAUUACAGAUUCCUUCUACAAUCAGGUCUAUCCAUCAGGAUAAAAUCCUAGCACUUAGACAGCAGACGCAGUUCUUGUGGGAGGCUUAUUUUUCUUCAGUUGAGAAGAUUGUAUUGACUACACUAGAGAUUAUUCAGGACAGAAUAUUUAAGCACAUAUCACGUAACAGCUUAAUAUGGAACAAACAUCCUGGAGGGUUAUUUGUACUGCCACAGUAUUCCUCAUAUCUGGGAGAUUUUCCUUACUACUAUGCUAAUCUCGGUCUGAAGCCUCUUUCCACAUUCACUGCCGUUAUCCAUGCAGUAACUCCCCUGGUUUCCCAGUCUCAGCCUGUGCUCAAACUCCUGGUUGCUGUAGCCAAGUCCCAGUACUGUGCACAGAUCAUUGUUUUAUGGAAUUGUGAUAAACCCCUCCCAGCCAAACACCGCUGGCCUGCCACUUCUGUGCCUGUCAUAGUCAUUGAAGGAGAGAGUAAGGUUAUGAGCAGUCGCUUCCUACCCUACGACAACAUAGUGACAGACGCCGUGCUAAGCCUGGAUGAGGACACCGUGCUUUCAACCACUGAGGUGGAUUUUGCCUUUACAGUUUGGCAGAGUUUUCCAGAGAGGAUUGUAGGCUACCCUGCUCGCAGUCACUUCUGGGACAACACUAAGGAGAGGUGGGGCUAUACCUCCAAAUGGACUAAUGACUAUUCCAUGGUAUUGACAGGAGCUGCUAUUUACCACAAAUAUUAUCACUACCUGUACACUCAUUACCUGCCUGCCAGCCUAAAGAAUAUGGUGGACCAACUGGCCAAUUGUGAGGACAUUCUAAUGAAUUUUUUGGUGUCAGCCGUGACAAAAUUGCCUCCAAUCAAAGUAACACAGAAAAAACAGUAUAAGGAGACCAUGAUGGGACAGACGUCCCGGGCCUCACGCUGGGCUGACCCCGACCACUUCGCCCAGCGGCAGAGCUGCAUGAACACUUUUGCCAGCUGGUUUGGCUAUAUGCCGCUGAUCCACUCUCAGAUGAGGCUCGACCCUGUCCUCUUCAAAGACCAGGUCUCCAUCCUGAGGAAGAAGUAUCGAGACAUCGAACGACUCUGA